AUGGAUGCUUUUGGAGAUUCAAAGAAUGAUAUGAAUCUUUGGAUAUUUUCUGAGUCUUCUGCAGGGAUUUUCCUGAAUGGAUUUUCAGCUUCUUCACACCUAAUUUUGUUAUUAGUUUUAUCCAUUUCCUGGGCUUGCAAGAGAUGCAUGAUGAAUAACCUUGAAAAUUCAAAACCAGUAUUGAAGAAUACAUAUUUUUUAUACUAUCGGUUAACCCUUAUAUCUUGUGCAAGUCUGGCAUUCUGUGAUCUUCUCCUAUGCGUGUUAAACCAUAUCUCUGGGUAUAGACAUGGUUGGACUAAUUCAAAAGUUGUUGCCCAAUUGGAUUUUGCAUUCAGAACACUCAGUUGGUUUGUAAUCUCUGCUUACUUGCAUGUCAAGAGUUCUCAUUCAAGUGAACAUAGGUUCCCCAUUCUACUAAGGAUUUGGUGGGCCUUCUACUUCAUACUAUCUUGUUCUUAUUUUGUUAUACAUCUUGGUUUGUAUUGGAAACGUUUGUCCUUACCAUUCCUCUUAUGGGUCUCCGAUAUUGUGUCCAUUAUUUCUAGUUUGUUCUUUUGUUAUGCUGCGUUUUUUGGAAAGUUUCGAGAAGAUGAAUAUUCACAUCUUUUAGAGCCUAUUUUGAAAACUAGUUCAAAUAAAAGCAAUAGAGACUAUAGACAAGGAUCACAUUUUGGUGCAGAGAGUUCUUCUUAUGCAAAUUCCAAUCUUCUUAGUACUUUUACUUUCGCUUGGAUGGGUCCUUUACUUGCACUCGGUUAUCAAAAAACACUGGAUCUUCAAGAUGUUCCUCAGCUUGCCAAUUGUGAUAGUGCUAACGUGGUCUUUGCCCAUUUUAGAAAUAAACUGGAAUCUAAUGGUGAUGACAGUGGUAACAUUGGUCAGGUAAGCAAACUCAAGCUGGUGAAGGCAUUGAUUCUCUCAAUGUGGAAAGAAAUUCUAUGGACAGCUUUACUGACCAUUGUACGCACAUUGGCUUCUUAUGUUGGACCAUACCUUAUUGUCCCUUUUAUUCAAUAUCUCAAUAGCCCUCACCAACUAAAAUAUAAAGGCUAUGCAUUAGUAUUCAUUUUUUUUCUUUCAAAGCUCAUAAAGUGUCUCUCUGAGAGGCACUUAUUCUUUCAAUUACGAAAGAUGGCAAUUAGAGUCCGUGUUGCUUUGCUUGCAAUAAUCUACAAGAAGGGUCUCCGGAUUUCAAGCCAAUCAAAUCAGGGCUACACUAGUGGUAAAAAUAUUAAUUUGAUUAGUGUUGAUGUUGAAAGGACUGGAAUUUUCAGUUGGUAUUUGCACGAUAUAUGGAGUGUGCCUCUUCAAGUUGUUCUAGCAUUGUUGAUCUUAUACAAGAGUCUUGGGAUUGCUUCAGUUGUAGCUUUUGCUGUCACAAUAAUUUUGAUGUUAAAAAAUGCUCCACUAGGAAAACUUCAAGAAAAAUUUCAGGGGGAAUUGAUGGAUUCAAAGGAUCGAAGGAUGAAGGUAACAUCUGACGCUCUGAGGAAUAUGAGGAUUCUCAAGCUCCAGGGUUGGAAGAUGAAGUUCUUAGCUAAGAUAAUUGAGCUCAGGAAGUUGGAAACAAAAUGGUUGAAAAAGUUACUUUAUACAUCAGCUAUAACUGCCUUUGUCUACUUGUCUGCUCCAAUGUUUGUAUCAAUGGUUACUUUUGGAUUUUGUGUGCUUAUGAAAAUCCCAUUAGGGUCAGGAAAUAUUGUAUCUGCACUUGCAACAUUUGAGAUAGUGCGAGGUCCCAUUUAUAAUUUUCCUGACACAAUCUCCAUGGUAGUUCAGACUAAAGUUUCGCUUCACAGAAUAGUAUCAUUCCUCUGUCUUGAAGAACUUCAGUAG